AUUUGCUACCACAGCAGAAAGAGAGGUCUAUGUUGGUCAGAGGUUUCAAAUGUGAAGCCUCACUGGAUGUUGAGGUUAAUUUUAGAGACGUCACCUCUUCUGUCUUGUGUUCACCGAGGCUGUUGCGUCGCAGGUCAUUCAGUCUCUGAGCUUCAGGUUGUGCUGUUCAGAUUUUCAACGCUCAACAUGAGUAAAUUUCACGGUGAGCUGACGCAGAGGGAGCAGGAGUUGCUUAAAAUUCGUCGAGACAGCGACACUAAAGCCGCUCAGUUGGUGAAGAUGGAGAAGAUGCUGCAGACGACCAAGAACCUGCUGGACAAGAAGACAGAGCCUGGUUCAGAGAGCAUGGGCUACCAGGAGAACAUGGUGGAGGACCUGGAGGAAAAGGUUCGCUCCAGCAGACGAUACAGGAGAAACUCCCUCCAUCACACGCAGAUGCUGGAGAGCCAGAUGAAAACAGUGAAGGGCGAGCUGGUGGGGACGCUGGACCACCUGCAGGAGCUGAGGAACGUCCUGCGGCGUUCGCAGCAGAAGGCAGAAGAACGCAAAGCUGCGAUGGAGAAGCUGGCGGCAGGGCUCAGGUGAACAUCCUUCUCAUUAAGAACCAGCUGGUGACCUUUUCCAGCUCUAGUGCCCGUGAUGUCCGACAUCCUGCCAACAAGCAGAGAUGACAUCUAAGAAGACCUGCUUUCACUGUUCUUCUUCAUCAGUGAGGCCUUGAAUUCUCGAUAUUUGGACUCUAUUAAUGGUAACAAAUGUUCUCUUUUUCCAUUUAUGCUUUGCAUUUGACAGCAUCUGCUUCUGAAAAUAGUCUUAUGAUGAUUAUGAAUUCCUGUUGCUUUUAUAGGAGCAACAGUUAAAUUAUACAUUAAGUAGUUUUGCAUAUUUCUGCUUAUUUCUCUUACUUUUUUCCUGCUUGUACAUGGAUCUUACCCUCAUAUCAUCUUAAAAGCAACAUUGAAGGGUAUUAAAAAUAUCUCCAGACCACUUCCCAUAAAUGUGUUCUCUGGGUUGUUGGUGGCUUCCACACAUCUAUGCAUGCUGUUCAUGAAAAGAAAAAUCUAUCUGUAUUUGGAUAUUUUCCAUCUGCAGCCUCUUGGAUCAGCCCAUCCUUGCCCAUAAAUGACAUCGUUCAGAACACAAAUCUGUAUGUUUAACCACUACUUGUGUUGUUAUUAAAUUUCUACAAGCUGAUUCUCAUGUUCGACUUGAUCAUUUUGCUUUAAUGUCUUUGUCAGAGUGGCAUAUAACAAAAAAAAUACUGUUGUUUGUCUGGUUAGUUUAAACGCACAAAUGUGACAUUCAGCAGUGUGAACAUUACAAAUUGUACUACAGACGGAGCUGGAGACUUAGAAGCGAAGAAAAACACAAUUGUAUUCCUUCCUAUGUUGUUUUUUUUUUUGUAAUAUAUUCUUUCCCAGAUGACAGAAAUGUACGCUGAGUGGAAGCUUUCAGCGUUUCAACUCCCUCUGGGAUCAAUAGCCUGUUGUCUGUUUCCUGUGGUGAGUCAUCUGAAAGCUGUAUUUUGUGCCUUCCCUGUGGCUGAGAUGUGAUCCCAAUUUAGUACAGCCUGUUUCACACAGCGUCACAUGCUGCGGAGCUGUGGGGGGAUUUCAUUCUCUGACCCUGACCUCCACAUUAAACUGUAAUUAUAACAC